AUGGAAACACACCAACCCGCAUCUUUAGUGGUACAGGAGGACGAGAUUAUCAAAAUUACUAUCACUCAUGUCAGCCCUACAGUAAUCAAAGCAUCAUGGCAGAUAUAUGGAACGAUUACUGGCGACAGCAUAAUUAUUUUGUUGGACCCAGCAGCGGACGGCGUAUUUCCUGUUUCAUUGUCUACAUCUCUCAUGGAAUACACGUUUUCUGGAUUAUUUCCCGGCACGCAAUACAGCAUUUUUGUGUCUGCAUUUGUAAAUGGAAGGAAUAUUACAGCCACAGAGAGCAGACGAACGACUGGAAAUCCUUGCGACGGGGAUCGUUGUCAAAAUGGCGGAGUGUGUCAGCUCGUGAUCGGCCUGUAUACAGCAUACAGUUGUUACUGCACGGAUUGCUAUCACGGUGAACACUGUGAAUACGGUCCUUCUGCUUGCAACAGUAAUCCGUGUGUAAAUGGUGGUGUAUGCCAACUGAAAGAAGGGUCGUGUACUGACUACGAAUGUUUGUGUCCAACAUGUUACUCCGGCACGAACUGUGAAAUCGAUAACAAUGCCUGUAACACCAAUCCGUGUCCGGUCCGAGAAGGAUUCAAUACCACGUGUCAUCCGAUUGGGGACCAGUGCAGUGAUUACGAAUGUAAAUGUAGUAACAAAGAAGAUGGGUGUUAUGUUGGUAAACAAUGCCAAACAGUGUACAACCCAUGCCAGCCAAAUCCAUGUAGUCGUGGAGUUUGUUUGCCGGACGAGGUUUCCUGUAAUCAUAGAUGCGAAUGUCCCGGAUGUUUCACUGGUCCAGAAUGCCAGGACCUUCUUGACCCGUGUUUGGAUGACUUGUGUCAGCACGGAGAGUGCGUACGUGAUGAGAGGUCGUGCUACCAGUAUUCGUGUUCAUGUGACGACUGUUAUACCGGUAAAUACUGCGACAAACUUGUGAAUGACUCCUGUGAGUUUUUUCAACCAUGUCGUAAUGGCGGUACGUGCAGGACAGUUGAAGACAAAUGCAUGGAUUAUCAAUGUAAAUGUCCGCCAUGCUAUGAAGGGAAGGUGUGCCAAAACUGGAAGAAUCCAUGCGACUCGAGUCCGUGUCAGAACCAAGGAAUAUGCGAGCCAUUGGAAGGAUCUUGUACGGAGUACAAUUGUACGUGCCCUACUUGUUAUAAAGGAGACAUGUGCGAAACGAGUUUUGAUGCUUGUCGACUCAUGCCUUGUCACAAUGGCGGAACGUGUAUUCCAUCGGAGGACUGUUUGGCGUACACUUGUAAAUGCAAUACGUGGUGGAUAGGUCCAGACUGCGAAUUGAACCUUGUGUCAAUUCUGAUCGCAGCGCAGGUCCUUUUGGUGGCCAUCUUGAUUGCAAUAAAUGUAACUGUGGUAUGCGUUCGCAAACGACGAAAAAAGAAGAAAAUGGCUCUGCGCAGACGCAGUGCACUGUAUCGGCACAAGAGUAUGGUUCAAGGUCGGCACAAUAAUGGAUAUACAGUGGAUAUCGCUAGCAAUGGAAACAUCCCAAAGUCGACGGCGUCACCGGAAGACGCUGGCGAUGAUGUGUUAGGUGAUGACGUGUCACUUUCUAGUUGCGAUGAAAACGAAGACAAGAACAAGUCACAGUUUGCACAUGAACUGAACCAGGUCACUCACGAAUUCUGCGACAAUACUACUUGGCACGGUCUUCCCAAUAUUGGUCGCUCGAAAUCAAGCGCAAGUCGCCUGUUAUGGGCGUUGGUGGUGCUCGGUGCCUGUAUUGGUUUUAUCGUACAGGCCUCUGUGAUGGUGUUUCGGUUCUUUGAUUACAAAGUGAAUAUCGAUAUGGAGGAGAUAGCUUGGCCCACAUUGCCGUUCCCGGCAGUAACGGUAUGCAACACGAACAAAGUACGAGCAUCAGCGCUGCGACUGAGCAACCAUUACCCGUUUGUAAAUCUCAUGCUGAACGUCAAAGUCCAAGCCUACUACGUUCCGUGUCUUCCCGGGGACUUUAUUUGUAACAACGGUGUCCACUGCGUCAAAGCCUAUCUUGUAUGCGAUGGAAUGAGGAAUUGCCCGGAUGGAAGCGACGAAUUCGGUUGCGAUUACAGUAACUAUGUGUGCGGUUCAGACCAGUUCAAAUGCUCCAAGGGAGGUUUAUCCGGCGUGUGUAUCCCAUCGUCACUGCAAUGCGAUGGCAUUCCAGACUGUAACGAGAAAGAAGACGAGAAGAAUUGCGGUGGCGGUGAUGCCCGAGAGUGCGAGGGAUUUUUCUGCGAUGGCAAUUUCUGUCAUCCCUACACCGAUAAAUGCGACUAUAAGAAAGACUGUCGAGACGGGAGUGACGAGGACGGGUGUAAAUUUAGAGUAUGUCAAGAAUGGGAAUAUACAUGUGACAACAAAAAAUGUAUUCCCCGUGAAGAACACUGCGAUUGGAACGACAACUGCGGCGAUAAUAGUGACGAAGUUGGCUGCCAAUAUAGACCAUGUAACAAGAACGAGUUCAAAUGUGACAGUGGUGAGUGCAUCAAAGGAUGGAAGGUGUGUAACAGUUUCAAUGACUGUAAAGAUCACAGUGAUGAGCUACAGAACUGCACAAGCUUACUGUGUACCGAUAUUCAAGAGCAGUGUCCACACUGGGCAGACAAUGGAGAGUGUGAGCAGAAUCCCUCAUACAUGAUGAGAUACUGCCCUCUAAGUUGUAAAAUAUGUGAAGGAAAGCAAGUCACACCGGAUGAACUCGGUAAUUGUCCGCCUGAUUUUUUCAAGUGUGAUGAGAAAUCCUGCAUUGAUGACGUUCUGUUCUGUGAUAUCAACAGCGAUUGCCCGGACGGUAACGACGAAUUCUGGUCGCAGUGCAUCUACAAAGAUUUAAGUAAAACAGACGUUUUCGAAGACGGGUGGUGGCAUCGUUACUCCAACAUGUCGAAAACGUCUACCCCAAAGAAUCUCUACGACGAUUUUUUAAGGUAUUAUUAUAAAGAUCCUGGGUUCGACAGAGUAAGACGUGAAGAUCCUCCUGACUGGAACGGAUUUGUCACUUUUAGCGCCACUCCUGAUUUCAGCGACCUUCAAAAUGUGCUCCAGUUAAACACGGAAGAGAUCAAUGAGUAUGGUCACCAAGCCGAAGAUUUCAUUUUACAAUGCAGUUACAACGAACGGCCGUGUAAUUACAGUGACUUCAAAUCCUUUGAAAGCAAAGUAUAUGGCAACUGUUUUACCUUUAAUCAUGGGGAGGAUGGAGAUCUUCGAAAUGCUACGAAGUCAGGAGCACAAUACGGAUUGAAGCUAACUUUAUUCACUGAACAACAUGAGUACCUUGGAAUAUACGGUCAAGAAUCAGGUGUUCGCGUUACUCUUCACCAUCCUUAUGAGAUGCCUAUGCCAGAAGACAAUGGUCUGACAGCCAAAACAGGGGCCGCCACAUCAUUUGCCAUACGUCAGAAUAUCUACGAGAGGAAAGGCAAGCAAUAUAGCGACUGUAAUAGCACGACAGAUCCCAUAUAUCGAAAUUACAGACAUUCUACUCUGGGUUGCAGACACUUCUGUUUACAAUCCAGAAUGCAAGAAUACUGUGGUUGUAUGGAUGUUCCAUUUUAUGGUGGAGGAAAAUGUCAUAUCUUGAAUAAAACACAGGGUGAGAAAGUUGUUUUUAUCACGGAUUUUUAUGAUGAAGAGGCAUGUCGUCAACUGAUGCAUUAUUUACAACAAAAUCAAGUACUGCCAUGCGACUGUUGGCCACCGUGCGAGGAAGCUGGUUUUGAUAAAACUACAUCUCUGGCUUCUUGGCCUUCGGACAGCUAUUUGAGACAACUAUUGAAAAGUAUAAAUGCAAUCAACCCGAAAACGAAACGAAUAUCUGACUACGAGUCAGCGCAGAAAAAUCUGGCGUACAUUGAGGUCUAUUACGAUAGUUUAAGUGUGCAAUACGUGAAGGAAACGAUAGCAUAUACGAGCGAUGACCUGAUGAGUGAUAUGGGCGGACUGCUAGGCCUCUAUAUCGGCGUGUCUGUUAUCACAAUCUGCGAAUUCUGUGUAUUUAUCAAAAGUCUCUUUACUUUGUUCGCUUUGAAACUUACCGCCUGUAUAUGUGUUCGUAGUAAACACAAGAACGAAACUGAUGAAACUGCACAAGCAGACGAAGAAAAUGACGUGGGGAAAGAUGGAGCACAGGAUAUGAAUAACGCCCUUGAGAUAGAGUCUGAAACGCUUUGA